AUGUAUUUUUCAAAAUCACAAACAAAUAGAAUUGUAUUUAAAGGUGAAUUGGGAAUUUUUAAUAGAUUACAGUCAAUAUAUCAUGAUUCUCAAUUUGUUAAGAGAACCCAAGAAUCAUUAUAUCCAGGGUUACCAUUAAUAGCAAAUUUAAGGUGUGGUGCAUGGUAUUCUGAUAAGUUUGAUGCAACAGUUUAUUUCAAAUCGACAGAUGGGCAUUUUGGUAAUUGGAGUUUUAGCACCAAUAGAUUAAACCUACAUUUAUUAGAUAUAAUAAUCAAAAAGAAAGCAGCAAUUAUAAUAGAUUCAACAAGAAAAGGAAAAAAUUUCCCAGACUCCUUUAGUCGAACUAUACCGAUAUGGACCUGUGUUAUAAAUAGAACCUUAUUGCAUUUGAAGAUCGAAAAUAUAAAAAGAAAUCACCAAAAUGAAGCAUCAGCUAAUCAAUUAAUUUCAAUAUUAGAAAAUCGAUGGAACAGCGAACUAAAUACACCAAAUUGGGUACCACCCACCGAAAAAAAUCAAAUAGAAAAGCUAGUUAUAAAUAAAUUUGUAAAAGAGUUACUAAAAUGUGGUGCAGAUCUUAGCAAGUUUACAGAGUCAAUCGAUAAACCUCUUCGACCUAUUUGGAUUAACACAGAAUCAAUUCUAUGGACAGAUUCAAUAGUUAAUCCAGACGAUUUAGAUUUUCAUCCAUUAUACUUGGUAUCAUGCUCAGAUCACAGAAGAGAAGGUCACCCAUCCUAUCGUUCAUAUGUUCAAGGCGCUGGUGACGAUGAAGAAGGUUGGAGUUAUGGCCUAACACCACAACUAUUUUGGUCAAACUGUAAAGAAAUUCUAGAUAUACAACAGGAUUGUUUAGAAGAUUUUAUUUCAAAUUUAUUAUUGGAAUCUAAAAUUAAAUCUAUAUCAAUAGAUCAACAAGAAAAAAGUGAUAAUAGUGGUAAUGACAAUAACCAUAAUAAUAUUCAUAUGAACAAUAGGUAUACAGAUGAAGGUACAGAAAAUAUUGGUGAUUUAAAUUUUACAGUUAGUAAUAGUUUAAAAUGUUUAAAUAGUGUUUGGAGCAAAUUCGAUGUAAUAUUAAACUGUUCAGAAAUAACAUAUGAGGGUAUUAUCACAGAGUCAAGCCCACAGAAACAUAAAGACAACUAUUUACAUUUACCAAUUAGAGAGGGUAAAAUUGGCAAAAACGAUUUACAACAACAACUUCCAUUGGCCGAGAAAUUUAUAAUAGACAGGAUAAAAGAAAAUAAAGACUAUAAAAUAUUAUUACAUUCAACUACAGGCAAAGCAAAUUGUGUUUCAAUUUUAUUAUCAAUUAUAACAAAAUAUUUUUUAAGAUACCCAGAUACAAAUAAUAAUAAUAAUAAUUUAUCCCAAGACCAAAACUUUUAUUUUAAUUUUUCAGAAAAUCCAAGAUCAAAUAUUAAUAAAGAUGAUAUUAAAGUAUCAUAUUUAUUUAUAGAGAAAUAUUGCAGCCAAUCAUUACCCUGUAAAGCAAUGAGAAAUUCAAUUAAUAGACAUCUAAUGUCCCCAGAUCAAUCUGUACUUCAUAAAGGUUUUGUUUAUAAUAAAUAA